GUAAUGCUGAAGGAGCGGAGCGGAGCGGCUUCAGGAUAACGGUCUCGCUGGACAGCCGCUCGGUUUUAGCCUGAACCGACUCGCGUGCAUUUCCGCUCUCAGCUGCAUCUGUUUGUCCGGGUGAGACGUUUUUCUUAAACGGGUUGUUUUUUUUUUCCUUUUUAUUUGUUUCAUUUAGGAGCGUUUAAGUUUAAAUGGACCCCAGGGUGACUUGGGUUCAGCCCGAGCUGAAGGGACCAGCAAAUGCUUUCUGGAUGCACAUCUGGGAAACCUCACUUGGUUUACGGACUACGGAUACCUUACACAGCCCUUGUUUGUACCCGGCCAUGGCGCUGGGUUCGGUGAAAACCAACUCCUCCAGCUGUAUCAGCCCGCAUCCUGUUCAGGUUUCGCCCAGUUUCAUUCUCUCACCUCCAUUUGAUCACUGGAACCAGACUGCACUGAAUGGCACUUACACAAGAGUCGGGGAGCCCAGUGCUUCUCCCCAAAAUGGGUCCCUGUCUCCAUUGUCCUCCUCGCUGGACUCCGAGAGUGACAGUCCCAAAUCGGACUCGUGUGACAGUACAAACACCCACCACCCCCAUCCCAGACUCUUUUUCAGCUUCAGUGAGCGGCUGCACCACGUCAAUGACUGUUUGCAUCAGCACCAACAGCACCAUGUGCAUCUCCACACUCAUCUUCACCAGUACCAUCACCACCGGCAUCUGUCCCAGCAAUGCCCUCAAGCGCCUGACCACAACUACCAUCCAGUUAGGAAGAAGGACGAGAGCAAGGCCAGCACUAAUGGGGUCAACUAUCCGCUCUCCACCUCCAAUGGAAAUCUCCUCUGGACUGGGAUGCCGUGGAAGACCGGGAGAUAUAGUCCAGGGGUGAACGGCCUUCAUGAAGAGAUACUGGACUUCUAUGCCUUCAUGUCACCACGGCCUGAGGAGGAAGCCAUGAGGAGGGAUGUAGUGAGCCGCAUCGAGAGUGUGAUCAAGAACCUGUGGCCUGCAGCGGACGUCCAAAUAUUUGGCAGCUUUAGUACUGGACUUUAUCUGCCAACAAGUGACAUUGACCUGGUGGUGUUUGGGAAGUGGGAACGUCCUCCUCUACAGCAGCUCGAUCAGGCUCUGAGACAGCAGAACCUUGCCCAACCAUUCUCCAUUAAAAUACUGGACAAAGCCACAGUUCCGAUAAUCAAGCUGACUGACCGAGAGACGGAGGUGAAGGUGGACAUCAGUUUUAAUGUGGAGACAGCUGUGAAAGCGGCACGCUUCAUCAAAGACCAAUUAAAGAAGUACACAGUGCUUCCACACCUGAUCUUCGUUUUAAAGCAGUUCCUGCUACAGUGGGAUUUAAACGAGGUGUUUACUGGAGGCAUCAGCUCUUACUGCCUCAUUUUAAUGGCCAUCAGCUUCCUGCAGCUCCACCCCCGUAUUGACUGCAGGGCAGUCAACAUAAACCUGGGCAUCUUGCUGAUUGAAUUCUUUGAGCUGUAUGGCCGCCACUUCAACUACCUGAAAACUGGGAUCCGUGUGAAGAAUGGAGGCGCAUACCUUGCCAAGGACGAGAUGAUGAAGGCCCUGAGCAGUGGCCACAGACCCUCACUACUGUGUAUUGAAGAUCCCAACAUACCGGGCAAUGAUGUGGGCCGCAGCUCUUAUGGAGCCCUCCAGGUGAAGCGGGUGUUUGAUUAUGCCUACGUCGUCCUGAGUCAUGCUGUGUCUCCUCUUGCCCGCUCUUAUCCCAACAAGGACAAUGAUGGCACACUCAGCCGGAUCCUCAGACUGACCCAAGAAAUGAUUAACUACAGGGAGUGGAUCAUCCAGAAGUGGGGAGACCGACACAACGCCAGGAUCAACUGCUGCAUGGUCCAAUUUGGAGGCGACUCUGAGGAGCAGCAGAGAGACUCGGUGUCGCCACAAAGUGCUGAUUCCCUUAUGUGUCUCUCCAGUCCCCAACAGCACUCCUCAUCAUCUUCAGCCUCAUCUGUUUCCUCGCUCUCAUUAAGUGACAAUGACUCUGACUCCAUUCCAUCUGGAUAUAAAGUGCUGCACCAAACUUUCCCAGCAUAUCCUGUGCCCACCACUCAGCAGAGGCCACAAAAUGGGACAAAUCUGUUUGAAACCACUUCCUGUAAUGGACAGGUGAGGAAGCCUCUCCCUGUAUCGCUACCCCCACCUGUGCCAGGCAGACCACUGUGUGUAGAUGGGUGUGUGCCACUGAACAAUGGCUACAGGCUGUCCUCACCCAUCUAUCUUGGCCCACUCCCCGGCCUCCUGCACCACCCCAAGAAGUUUGGCCCAAAGAUUCCCAGUGGCUUUGAGCCUGCCUCGAUGUCUGCACCUCGAGCCAGCCUUCUACAGCACAACCGAAACACAUGGCACCGAGGAGGAAAACGCUGCUCUCUAGCCUCAGCAGAUAGGACUGUCACAGGUCAAAGGAGAUGUUUUGUUGGCCACAGCCUUCCUCUCCUACUCUAGCCCAUUUAAUCAGGAGUUUUGCAACCGGACAAGUGGCAAAGGGAGAUGAAGACACAGAACAUUCCCUUUGGCUCUUACCUGAACCUAGCCCAGAUGCUGAUUGAUGCACCAACCAUCAGUGAGUGGAACCUGCAGGACCUCCCUAAUGAUGAUCUGUCUAUCCAGAAUGGCAUAACCGUGGCUAAAGCAGCACGAUUUCCACUGCUUAUCGACCCACAGACACAGGGCAAGACCUGGAUCAAGAAUAAAGAGUUCAAGAAUGAACUUCAGAUCGCAUCGCUGAAUCACAAG